CCCGUUUUCACAGCUCUGACUUCCUGCCGCCUGAAGAGAGAGCUUCGCGCUUCCGCUUUUCUUUCGACAGACGGCCACCUCGCACCCGGGCAGAGCAGCGUGCGCCCCUAUCCUCCAACCCCGGGGCCCACUGGACUCAGGACUCACGCGCAGACCGCGGGAAUGCUCGGACCGGACGGGUGAACACGGUACGAGUCACCAAAGCCCUGUUGUACUUCCGAGCACAAAGUAGCGUUCGCUAAAAUGGGGCGGAGCUUCCACCAGUUGCUGUUCCCGCUAUGGGUGUUUGCGUUCGCACUGAACGGCGUAACGACCGUGGGCGCAGUCCCAUCUUUCGACCGCCCCGCGGCUGACUCACUGAGGUCAGCUGCGGGUCGAGGCAGACGUCUGCUCCAGUUCACAGGGUCAGAACGCGACCUGCACCCCACUGCGACCCUGCCCGCAACAGGACGGGGACCGACCGCUCCCCAGCAGCCCGCAUCGCCACUUACCCCGGAGAUAUCAGCGACAUCCGCGGAGCCGGCGAAGUUCUCCACGAGGCUCACAGUGGCGGCCUCUGACGGACGGAUGAGGAGGAGCACUGGGGCGUUACCGGGAGAAGUAACCACGCCCCCCAGCUUGGGAUUAACGACCCUUCGGGUGGGAAGCCCAUCAUCUCCUACCAAAGCAGAGGUACACCAGAAAGUCACCCAACCCAGGCUUUCCCAGGAGUUCUUGGGAGAAACAAUUGGGACCACCCUGAACCCAAACGGUUCUCCUGAGUCAGCGGACCACACCACAUCAAGACCUUCGGCCACCCAGCUCACAACAGCAAGACUGGAACAGACCACUGCCAAGGUCAUACCAAAAACCUUCACCCCCACAGUGCAGACCCUCACCAAAUACGUCGCACCCACUGCCCAACCUGCCUCAACUGGCCUCGCUGGCUCCACCAAACAAACUCCAAAAACAGACACCCUCCAGGUCUCAACCGCUAUCUUGAAAACCACCAAACACAUGACUCCUCCCCCUUCCCCGACUCCCAGUGUCACCCCUACGACCACCACCAUUGUGACGCCAUCAACUGCCUCGGCAACUGCCCCAGGCCCUCCGGCCCCCAUAACCAACCCGAAGAAGACAUCUGAACCCUCCGGCGGCUCCGGCGGCUCCGGCGGCUCUGGCGGCUCCGGCGGCUCCAGCGGCUCCGGCAACUCCAGCAGCUCUGGCGGCUCCAGUGGCGGGCCGGCGGUGGCGGGGUUGGUGGGCGGGGCCCUGGUGGUGAUGCUGAUCUGCAUCGCGUUCAUCCUGGUCAGGAAGCGUCGCCAUCGGCAGAGGCAGAUGAACAACACCGCCUGGGCGGGCCCCACGCCGUUCCUGGACGGCAGCGGCGGCGUCGGCCGCCAGCCCCGGCUCAUGGCGGACGAGAGCGCAGAGGACGGGCCGCGGGAGUCCAAGCGCAUCUCUCUGACCGGCUUCUUCCCCCACGGGCUCUCCCGCCGGCUCUCGCACCUGAAGGAGGUCGACGAGCAGAUGCUGAUGACCGACAUCACGCAGGGGAGCACCUUCGGGAGACCUGAGGAGACAAAGCUGGGGUCCGGCAAUGGAAUAGCACCAGAUCAGAACCAGAACCAGAACCAGGACCAGGACCAGGACCAGGACCAGGACCAGGACAAUGACAAGGACAAGGACCAGGACAAAGACCAGAACCAGGAACCGAACAAAGACCAGGAAAAGAACCAGGAACUGAAUCAGAACCAGAUUCAGACCCAGGAUGACACCACCAUCUCCACAUCUGGCUCUCCCUCUGCAGAGCAGGCAUUGGCCCCGCCCCCGCCCCCUGCCCAGUUGGAAGACAUCAGUCCAGACCCAGCCCCUUCUGAAGCCACACCCCCUCCUCCCCAAUUGGACGAAAACCACCUGGUCCCUCCUCCUGCUCUUGUUCUGCAGGAAGUUGACCUGGGUCCCCCAGCCAGUGAGACGGACAUUCCUCCUCCCCCGCCGAGCGAGAUACCCUUUGUCCCGCCCCCCCCGCCACCUCUACCCUCCUCCACAUAGUGGACCGCCAUCGCUGCCAUGGCAAUAGGUGAGAAGCCAGCAGCUGAGCCUGAAAAUCACUCUCACCGCAAUACAGAAACAAAACCGAUGCAGAUCAGCGAUCCAGCACCUGCAGUGCCCACAUACCCGCCCACCUGCCACGGAAUGAGAUUGUUUUAGGGUAGUGGCCAAUGGGAACAACAGCCCGCGUUCUGCCCAUCGAGGCCACGCCCAUCAGAAGGUUCACUUUGUUCCUGUCAGUGACUCAGAAGGACAAAUUAUGAUUCUCUUGUGUGACGCUAGAAUGCAACUCUGAUAUGUCCCAGCCUACCUUGUGGGAAUUUAACUUGCUCGCUCGCAAUUUCUUUAAGAAAUUAACUUGCUCGCUUGCAAUUUCUUUAAUAGACCUGAAUGUUUUUCUUUCUUAUUUUUUGAGUGCUUUAUGGUGAUAUCCAUAACUGAGAUUCUUUCGUAUGACCAUUAAAAUAUACCCAAUGCAUUCACAAA